GGCACGGCGGCAACGCGUUCGUUCGUACGAGUAUAAUUGGUGUCGCAUAAACGCGAGCGUACUACAACCGUUUUAUUCUUCUAGUUUUUUUUUUUUUUUUUUUUAAUUUUUCCCCCUUUUUUCUCAAUUUUUCAUUCGUCGAGUCUCGUUCCCUGGACAUCGUCGUUCGAUACGACACGAUCGGGACAAGAGUCGUCGCGGAGGGAAAGGAACCGCGUUGAAAGUAUCGUGUCUCUGUGACCAAUCUAUAAAUCGUCGCGAAUCGUCGACCCGUCGUGCCUGAACUACCGGUUCUCGUUCGUUUCAACCGUUCGAUACGCAAUCAGUUGUUUCGCGCUGGUCUCUCAGAGAUAGAAGAAGGUUUCGGAACGAGAAGAGGAGUCGUCGGAAGGUUUCGGAGAGGAAAAAUUCGGCCGGAGCAGUGUCGUUGGAAAAAGGGAAGACGAAGAACAGGGACAGUGUGUGUUCGAUUGUUGAGGAGGGACGAUUACGUGAGAGAUAGCUGCUGUCUUGUCGUCGCUCGAUCGUCCGGAACCCGCAGAUCUGAUCGUAGAGAUCUGCGCCCUUGAUUUUGACGUGGAAAGGCAGAAGCAAGAAAAAUGUCGAUUGUAAUGCAGUACGUGGACAGGCUCCACGAGAUACUUGACAAACAUGCAGAUCAAAGAACAACGAACUGGUUCUUGAUGAGUUCACCGUUUCCCACCAUGUUCAUCUGCAUGGGCUAUAUCUACGCCGUAAAGGUUCUAGGGCCAAAGCUGAUGGAGAACAGGAAGCCGUUUCAGCUUAAAAAUGCCCUGAUAUAUUACAAUAUGUUCCAAAUGCUGUUCUCCACGUGGCUAUUCUACGAGUGUCUGAUGGGCGGAUGGUGGGGCCAAUAUAAUUUCCGUUGCCAGCCCGUGGACUAUAGCAACAACCAGGUCGCGAUGAGGAUAGGAAUGUCCGGAUGGCUGACUGGCGACUAUUCUCUAAGGUGUCAACCCGUAGACUACAGCGAUCGACCCCAAGUACUAAGGAUGGUGCACGCUUGUUGGUGGUAUUACUUCUCGAAAUUUACGGAAUUCAUGGACACGAUCUUCUUCGUUUUGAGGAAGAAGAACGAUCACGUGUCGACAUUGCACGUUAUUCACCAUGGUUGCAUGCCAAUGUCAGUGUGGUUCGGCGUUAAAUUCACACCUGGCGGUCACUCGACUUUCUUCGGUCUGCUGAAUACGUUCGUGCACAUCGUCAUGUACACGUACUACCUGUUGGCCGCGCUUGGACCAAGAGUACAACCAUACCUGUGGUGGAAGAAAUACCUGACCGUCUUCCAGAUGGUUCAGUUCGUCCUAGUGAUGAUCCACGCGUUCCAGCUGCUCUUCAUUGACUGCAAUUACCCGAAGGCUUUCGUCUGGUUGAUCGGUCUACACGCGACAAUGUUCUUCUUCCUAUUCAACGAAUUCUAUCAACAGAGCUACCAACAGAAGAGGCGACCUAUCGCUAACGGUGUAAAGAAGGAACAUCAUCAUCAGAAUUAUCAAGCGAACGGUGUGACGAACGGUUCUACGACCGGCAAAUCGUCGGGAAGAAGGGACGCUGCGGAUUAUUACGUGAAAGGAGACAGCUUGGCCGCGUCGGAGCUGAAUCUUCGAAAAACAUACACGAGUACCGAGUGACCUGAUCGCGCUACGUCGUAGCCAUCAUCAAUUCAUCUCGUCUAUUUUCAUCGAUACACUCUCCAAUCGCAUCUGGACUUCGCUCUUUCACUCUUUCGGUCCAAUCCACCGCGAUCCAUUUCGGGUCCAACGAAGUUAAAGCUUUGUUCAGUACAAAAUUACUCCGUACUUUAUGAAACACGUUGCCAACGUGUAUACUCGUAAAAAAAGGAGACAAUAAUAGAGAGAGAGAGAGAGAGAGAGAGAGAGAGAGUUG